ACAUUCUCUUAUCACAAGGGGAACACUAUCAUUAACCAAUAACCAAUAAAUACAUUAAUCACCAUGGGGAAGUACUUUGCUGUUGUUGCUCUCUUUGUCUCAGCUUUGUGCUUCUCCUCUAUCUUGGCUCGUAAGACACCUGCCCUUGAUAAAUUCUUCGUUGAGGGCAAGAUUUACUGUGACCCUUGCCACUUCGCAUUUGAGUCCAGGCUCAGUUUCCCCUUGGAAGGUGUUAAGGUAAGCCUGCAAUGUCUGAGGAGUGAGAAUGAUACCGUGACAUAUGUGAAGGAGGGCAAAACUGAUGCAAAUGGGCAAUACAGCAUCCCUGUCCAUGGUGAUCACGAGGAUGAGAUUUGCAUAGUUGUUGCUGACUCACCCACUGAGGGUCAGUGCAAAGAGGCAAUGCCAAACAAGUCCGAUAGGAUCGUCCUCACAAAAAACAUGGGUGUCUCCUCCAUGGCACGCUAUGUCAAUCCCCUUGGGUUCAUGACACAGGGAAUUGAUGCAACACAAUGCAAUCUUGUUGUCCAAGAGUUGGGAUUGGACCAACUUGAUAACUGACUGGAACAGAGAUAAUUCAUUAAACUCCAUCCACCAAGACAAAAUAUAUAUAUAUAUAUGUAUUCAUGUUGGAUCAAUUGCCCUGUAUCAUAUAUUUAAUUAACCAUUCUCCACAAUGUGUGUUGGAGGUUACAUUCUAAUGAAAUAUAAUAAUAUGUGGAGUUUGGAAUAUAAGACUUAUUUGCAUU